AGUCACUUAAGCGCUGGAAUGAGGAGAGGAUGGUCUGGUGUGAGAAAGGUGUCCAGAUUCUACUCACCACCGUGGGGGCCUUUGCAGCCUUUGGCCUCAUGAUCAUUGCCAUCGGCACAGAUUACUGGCUGUACGCCCGUGCCUUCAUCUGCAAUACCACCAACAUCUCUACUGAAGAAACUCCCCAGAAGGACAAGAAAGAUCCUGGAGGACUCACCCAUUCAGGGCUUUGGAGGAUAUGCUGUUUAGAAGGGCUGAAGCGAGGAGUGUGCGUGAAAAUUAACCAUUUUCCAGAGGACACAGACUAUGAUCACGACAGUGCGGAAUACCUCCUACGUGUGGUACGAGCCUCAAGCAUCUUCCCCAUUCUAAGUGCUAUCUUGCUGUUGCUGGGAGGAUUCUGCGUGGCCGCCAGCCGGGUCUACAAGUCCAAGCGCAACAUUAUCCUCGGUGCUGGCAUUCUAUUCGUUGCUGCGGGCCUUAGUAACAUCAUUGGUGUCAUCGUCUACAUCUCGGCCAAUGCCGGAGACCCUGGCACAAAACGCGAUGAUGAGAAGAAGAGCCACUACUCUUACGGAUGGUCCUUUUACUUUGGUGGCCUUUCCUUCAUUCUGGCUGAGAUGAUCGGGGUUCUAGCUGUCAAUAUAUACAUCGAGAAGAACCGUGAAGCCCACUGUAAGAGCCGCACAGAGCUACUGAAGAACCCUUCUUCAUCGUCAGCCAUCUUGCGCCUGCCCAGCUACCGUUUCCGAUACCGCCGCCGGUCGCGCUCCAGCUCCCGCUCUACUGAACCAUCACAAUCUCGAGAAACCUCACCUGUUGGCCUCAAGGGCUUCCCUUCCACCGACAUCUCCAUGUACACACUGUCAAGGGACCCCUCCAAAGCCAAUGUUAGUUCACUCUAUGGUGGUGCCAGCGAAACAGCAUCUACGGGUGCAGCAGCCCCAGGUGCAACUGGUACUGGUGGUGGGUUCUUGCAGUUGCACAACACCUUCCCCAAGGACCCUGGCGUUACUGUCACAGUGACCGGGCCUGGUGUAGCAGGUGCAACUGGCACCCUGGGUAAAGAUGCCUCCUCCAACACCAACACGCUCAACAGGAAGACAACACCAGUGUAGGGAUGGAGGUAAGAGAGGAGAGGGCAUAGGAAAGAAGAAAAGUGAAGAGAAUACACAGCUCAAAAUAUAUUGGGAGAGUCAGAGUGUUUUGAAGCGAGAAAACAAUCCACAUGCAUCCUAUCUUUUUCC